GCCCCGCGGGAGAAAGACGGGGCUUUCUGCUCCUGUAAAGAGGAUCAGUCUCAGAAACUCCCUGGCGCAGUUCUACCCUGCCCUGUGGAGUCGCUCUGAGCCUGUACUGAUCGGAUGGCACUGACAGAAUAGUCUUGUCGCUAAGAAGAAGAGUCCCAGGUGAAUGCAGGUGUGGGCUCAGAGGCUAGAGCCGGCCUGCUCUGCUCUAAGUUCCAAGGCGCUCAGGCUCCGUCCUGUGCCUGGGAGGGAGCCAUAAACCUGUCAGAAUCUGCUAACAACGGUCUUUCCUCCCAGUCAGGCUCCAGUGUGGUGCAGUCCCUGCAAGGAUUUCAGCGGCUCUGACGGCUGUGUGGACCAAACGCUGUUCAUCUGCUUCCAACAGCCCAGUGCUUUGUACCCACCCCCAUCCCUGCUGCUGAAGCGGCUGCUUGGACUUAGAGACAAUUGUCCCAGAGGCCUCUGGAAAGCCAAACGAGAAAAUGGAAUCGCUGCUAAUUGAGGAUGUGGAAGUGGUCUUUAGCCAGGAAGAAUGGGCGUUGCUGGAUAUUACUCAGAGGAAACUCUACAGAGAUGUAAUGACGGAAACCUUCAAGAACUUGGCUUCAGUAGUGUCUAAAAACCUUAGUGAUGGAGAAAAGUCAUCCAGUGAACAGGUAAUAGUGGAAACUCCGAAGAAUAACACCUGGUGCUUCGUGUUGGGAGAAACCUCCGAAUCAGGUGAUAGUCAAGAUCAGCUGAAAAAACAGAGGCGUGAGUUGAGCAGAAGUCAUACAAAAGAGAGCCUGUAUGGAAAUAACCAAGACAAUCAGUGUGGAAAACCUGUCAGCUGGAUUCCAGACCUCACUGCGUUACAAAGAAACCCUCCAGAAGAAAACCCUUUUGAGUGCUAUGAGUGUGGGCAAGCCUUCGUGGAUCAGUGCUCACAUCAUGCCACUUCUCAAAGCGGAUGCAGUACUUGUCCGUGUAAGGAAUGUGGGGAAGCCAGCAGUUCUCCCUCUUACCUCUCACUUCUCACCUCUAUGACAACCCUUAAUGGGAAGAAGCCCCUUAAGUGUAAGGCAUGUGGAAAAGACUUCAUUUGUACCUCAACACUUAAGCAUCCUGUGACACCACUCACAAGUGUGAAAAGUUAUGAAUGCAAUGACUAUGGGAAAGAUUUCUGUAGUUUGUCAUCCUUUUGGGAGCAUGCAAGCAACUGUGAAUGUAAAGAAUGUUGUAAAACAUACAGUCAAACUUCAUCCCUCAUUUUAGAUAAAAAAUAUAAUAGAGAUAUGCCUUACGAGUGUAAGGAAUGUGGGAAAGCCUUUUUGCACCUCUCAGCCCUCACUAGACAUUUAAGAACUCACAGCGGAGAAAGGCCUUAUGAAUGUGGAGAAUGUGGGAAAGCCUUUAGUGAGGCCUCAUCCCUCACUAAACAUAUCAGAACCCACACUGGAGAGAGGCCCUAUGAAUGUAAGGAAUGUGGGAAAACCUUUACGUGUUCAUCCAACCUUAGCAAACACGUAAGAACACACAGUGCAGAGAGACCUUACGAGUGUAAAGAAUGUGGAAAAGCCUUUACUGAGGCCUCAUACCUAACUAAACAUAUAAGAACUCACAGUGAAGAGAGGCCUUACGAAUGCAUGGAAUGUGGUAAAACCUUUAGAAUUGCCUCAACUCUCACUAGACAUAUAAGAACCCACAGUGGGGAGAGGCCUUAUGAAUGUAAGGAAUGUGGAAAAGCUUUUAGUCGACACUCACACCUAACUAAACACGUAAGAAGAAUUCACGUGGAGGGACCUCGUGACACCAAGGAAUAUGGGAAAGGUUUGGAUUCCGUAGCCCUUAGUAUACAUAGAACUCACACUGUAGAGAGACCAUAUGAAUGUAAGGAAUGUGGGAAAGCCUUUAUUCAUGCCUCAGCUCUCACUAAACAUUUAAGAAUUCACACUGAAGAGAGGGCUUAUGAUUGUAAACACUGUGGGGAAUCCUUUAGUCGAGCUUCCACCCUUACUAGACAUAUAAGAACUCACACAGGAGAGCGGCCUUAUGAAUGUAAGGAAUGUGGGAAAGAUUUUAAACAGCUCUCAACCCUUACUAAACACAUAAGAAGAACUCACAGUGAAGAGAGACCGUAUAAAUGUAAGGAAUGUGGGAAAGCUUUUAAUGAUUCCUCAACUCUCACGAUACAUACACGGAUUCACACUGGAGAGAAACCUUACGAAUGCAAGGAAUGUGGGAAAGCCUUUAGGCAGCUCUCAGCCCUCAUUGCACAUAUUCGGACUUACAGUGGAGAGAGGCCAUAUGAGUGUAAGGAAUGUGGAAAGACCUUCAUUUGUUCUUCAACGCUCAUAACACACAUAAGAACCCACACUGGAGAGCGGCCCUAUGAAUGUAAGGAAUGUGGGAAAGCCUUCAGACAGCUCUCAACUCUCAAUAAACACAUCAGGACUCACAGUAAUGUGAGGCCCUAUGAAUGCAAGGCAUGUGGGAAAGCUUUCAGGCAGCUCUCAGCCCUCAAUGCACACGUAAGAACUCAUAGUGGGUAAAGGCCCUAUGAAUGUAAGGAGAUGCUAAUUUUAGGUGCCAGAGACUCGAUUCUGACUCUUGGGACCCUGUGUACAACAGAACCAUCCUCACGAUUGUUAAUUAUGUUGGAGCCCAUUGGUGAAGCCAGCCGAUCAUUCCAACUUCUUAAGGGAUAUAUAGGUAACCCUUUAUACUUGACAUUUGGGACAACAUUGGGGGGUUUGUUUCAUUCUUGAUUACAUAACAUCAAAUAGGAAAUUUCUGGAAGUCUAAAAUAAAAAGCAAAACUUCUCAGAAAACAGUACUGACUCAAAGAAGGGAUCAUUAAAGCCACUUUAUGCAUUUGGGGGAAAUAAUAGUUUCAUUAUAACAGUGGUGCUGUUGUCCUCCGUAGUAUUUGCUGCUUCCUUACUUGAACUUAAGUUUUAUCUGUAAGUCUUUGGCUAUCUCAAAGGAGGCUGCAGGGAGUAACUUGAGAAAUUGUGAUUUUAUGGUUUUUUAAUAUGUUAUUGACAGUAAUUUUAUACACUGAAAUACACUGAACUUGUAUUAGUGUAAGUGUGUUUUACUCUGUUUCCAUGUUUUUUACUCUGUUUCCAUGUUUUUUACAUUUGCUUUCAUUCUUCCCUAUUGUAAUGCUAACUAAAAAACCCUUUAUUGCUAGUAAGUUUCUAUUGGGAUAAAAUUCUGAGAGAGUGUAAGUAUUUUGAUUCUCAUCGUCCUUUGGCCUCCUAAUUUUACUGCUCAUAGAUAAUUUUUGGCUGUGAUUAUUAUUACCAUGCUGUUUAACACAUAGUAUUUUCUAUUCCAAAUUAUUUCGUAUAUCUAUAUAAAACCUGGAGUUCUACCAAAAAUUAGUUUUUUCUUCUCCUUUAUUUAUUUAAUUGUUCACACCAAAAUUUUAACUGGCGUUUUGGUGGUGGUGGUUUUCUGGUUUUGCUCAGUGUCCCACACUUAGUUAUUUUGAGCUCUUAAGCUGUCGUUGGUUGCUGUUGAUUUGGUUCUUAUUCACAUAACUCAAAUACCAUGGAAGGAAACACUUUCUUGCGCCAACUUCACAACUUGCUAUGUUUGAUCCUGUUUUAUCAGUUGUGGGUGAUGUCAUUGCAUCUUGUCACCCAUCCUCUCUAAUUUGCCAAGCAAAAUGUCCUCCAAGGAUUUUUCUCUCCAGAUAAUAUGCCCCAAGUACGUGAGAAGUCUCACCAUCCUUCUAAGGCGUUUUCUAGUUGUGCUUCUUCCAACACAUAAUCCAUUCUUCUGAUAAUCUGUAUUACAUUUAAUAUUCUUCACCAGCAGCACAAUUCAAAGGCAUCAGGUCUUUUCUGUACUUCCUUAUUCACUGUCCACCUUUCUCAUGUAUCAGAGCCCAUUGGAGAUACUGUCUUCAGCCAGGCACACCUUGGUCCUCAACGUGAAAUCCUUGCUUUUAGGCAUGUUAAAGAGAUAGUUUUCAGCAGAUGUAUCCAAUGCAGUCCAUCAUUUGAUUUCUUUAUUGCUAUUUCUGUGAAUGUUGAUUGAGGAUUCAAAUAAAAUUAAAUCCUUGACAACUUCCAAA